AUGACCAUCAGACCGCUCAGGAGGUGUCAAGCACACCCGCUUCGUCAACCAAGUCCUCUCAAGCAUGAAGCUCAAGCCCAUCUCAGUCAUCUCACAUUGCUGGCCACAGCAACAGCAAUAGUCCUCUCAGCAGCUUCAUCAACUCAAGUUCGUCUGUUAAUUGACCCUGGAUCAGAAAUCUCAUUCAUCUCAGAAAAGCUCACCCAGCAGCUCAAGUUACAACGWAGGCACUCAAGGCUGGACGUUUAUGGUGUCGGUGGAACACGGACGUCUCAAACAARAGGAAUUGUCACGCUCAACCUUCAAUCAAGGUAUAGACCACUCACGGUGACAAUUUCAGCUCACGUGUUAAAGACAGUUACCACCAUCYUGCCGGCCAUAAAGACUCAACAGGAACCCGAAUGGCCACACCURAAKGGUUUACCUCUAGCUGAUCCAGAAUUUCUCGUUCCAAGGGCAGUAGAUGUCAUAAUCGGAGCAGACUUCUACGGCCAACUCAUUAGGCCUAAUAUCAUUAGGUACUCAGCAGGAACUCCCAUUGCUCAAUUAUCAAUCUUUGGGUGGUUGGUCAUAGGCCCAAUUCAGGCACCRGUCACGCUUGCAAGGACAACUCAUCUCGGCAGCUCUCAGGUAUCAAACUCGUCCUUGCRAGAGUUGUUGACACGGUUCUGGGUCCAAGAAGAACCUCCAUCAUCGGACAACUCAUCGCUUACUCCUGAGGAGCAGGAGUGUGAGCUGCACUUCAAGACCACUCACUCAAGGGACUCAACAGGGCGUUACAUCGUCAAGAUGCCUCUCAAAUCGCCCCCAACAGUCCUGGGAGAUUCUUAUCAGACAGCUCAUCGAUCGCUCCAACGAAUUCUCAGGCGACUUGGCAGAGACACUCAGUACGACCGAUUGUACAMUYAGUUMAUGCGAGAGUAURAACAAUCUCAGCACAUGCUCAAGCUCGAUGACAUCUCAGUUGGUAGAAGGCCACAUUACUAUUUGCCUCAUMAUGGGGUACUUAAGCCAGACAGCUCCACCACGAAGCUCAGGGUUGUUUUCAACGGUUCAAGUGCCAGCUCCACUGGUCACUCGCUCAAUGACAUCAUGCACGCUGGUCCUAAUUUGAUGCUCAACAUCUUCGACUUGCUCAUUUGGAUACGUCAACUCAAGUAUCUCUUUGCGACUGACAUCACCAAGAUUUACCGGCAAAUCAAGAUACAUCCAGAUGACCAGGAUCUGCAACGCAUCGUGUGGGUGAAUGAACAGCAGGUUGAAUCUCAUUUUCAGCUCACUACAGUCACGUAUGGAACCAAGUCAGCACCGUUCCUAGCUGUACGAACGCUCCUUCAGCUUACUGAAGAUGAAGGCUCUCAGUAUCCUCUUGCUGUCAAACCGACCAUCAUGGGCGUUAUGUUGACGACAUCUUCGGAGGAUCCGACACAGUGCAACAGCUCGUGGAGACUGCUCAACAACUCAUACGGCUCUGCCAUGCGGGCGGAUUCCCGCUGGCUAAGUGGCACUCCACUUCUCAGCAACUGUUAA